CAUAGUGCACCUCAGUUUUCAUUUCAUACCAGCUGAUAAGUCAAUGUGUUUGUUGUUUGUGCAAUAUGAUACAGGAAAUACGAUUUAUUUUAGCAAUUUUUUUAGUUAUAAGUUCAUUCUCUAAUUCACUUGCCGAAAAUGAGGAUGACGUAUCGACUGAUCUCUAUGUUAUUGAAGGAAAAGUUUUUUCAUGGGAAAAUGCAGGUAAUACCCCUUGGCAAUUAAUGACUCAUGUUAUGGCCAAUGGUGGAGAGUAUUAUGGAUUUCUUAGGGAAGAUGGAACAUUUACCAUAUCAAAUGUACCUUUUGGAUCUUACGUAAUAGAAGUAAUUAAUCCAAAUUAUGCUUAUGAACCAGUUAGAGUAGAAAUUAAUUCUAAAGGGAAAUUUAGAGCAAGGAAGGUUAAUUUAAUACAAACUUCACAAGUUAUUCAAGUACCAUAUCCAUUAAAAUUGAGACCUCUGACGCCAUUUAGAUAUUUCCAAAUGAGAGAGCAAUGGCGUGUGACUGAUUUCCUCUUUAACCCUAUGGUUUUCAUGAUGAUAUUACCAUUAUUGUUCAUCAUAAUUUUACCUAAGAUUAUGAAUGAUCCUGAAACGAAAAAGGAAAUCGAACAGCUGAAUAAUCUGACAAGUUACAAUAUGCCAGAAAUGUCGGAAGUAAUAACAUCAUUCUUCUCUAGUGGAGAAAAACAGAAGGCAAAAACAGUAAAAGCAGUGAAAAAAAGACAAUAAAAUUAGACUCUCGUUCUAAUUUAUAUUUCAUCGAUUAGAAUUUGUAAUAUAACUACGUUUUUUCACAAAACCAACAAUAUUUUAUAACUUCACAGCUUUUUCACUGCAAUCCGACCAUAAAUUUCUUCUUUCCAAUUUUAGAUUACUCUAAAUUCAAAUUAUAUGAAAUAAUAGUAGUAUA